AUGCUAACAGACCGAGCCCAGAAAUCUCUGGGCCCCUGCAAACUGCCAGGAGGAUUCCAAAGCAAAGUGGUGGCACCUCGCAAUCCAAAGCUGGUCAAAGAAGAGAAGAAGAAGGAUGCCCUGCUGACUCCAUCGGCUUUCCUGAAAGAGAUGUCUCUUACAACGGAGCAGAAGAUGGCAAGCACCCAUGAAGUGCACUUGCCUCGCAUUGUACAGCUUUUAGACAUGAGUGAAACCUCGCACCAGAAGUUCUCCUCGGUGGACCUGGACCAGUCCCUGUUUCAGCCGUUCCCGUCAGAAGUGAUUUUCCAGAAUUACACCCCUUGUGAGCUCUAUGAAGUGCCACUGAUUCUGAGGAACAAUGACAAGAUCCCCCGGUUGGUGAAAGUUGUCCUGGAGAGUUCGCCAUACUUCAGAGUUGUGAGUCCCAAUGAUGUAUGCAAUAAGGUGGCUCCUGGCAUGCCUUCUACGUUCCGCAUCCUCUUCACUCCCGAAGAGAACAAGGAUUAUUUCCAUGAAGUAACCUGCAUUACUGAAAGGGAAAAAUUUAUUGUUCCUAUCCGAGCAAUUGGUGCAAGAGGAAUUCUGGACUUCCCAGACCAGCUGAAUUUCUCCACCUGCCCUGUAAAGUAUAGCACAGAAAAAACUCUGCUCGUUCGCAACAUUGGCAACCGAGAGGCUCGCUACCAAAUCACCACACAGAGGCCUUUCUCUGUUGAGCCUUCUAUUGGGACCCUUGGAGUGCAGGAGACCGAACAAUUUACCGUUGAAUUCCGGCCAGAAAAGACCGGCAGUCACUCUGGGGACUUCCUAGUGCAUUAUGACACCGGAGAAGAUAUUCAUGUGAGCUUGUAUGGAGCUGCUACAGAUGUCAAUGUGAGACUGGACAAGAACUCUCUGACGGUGGAGAAAACAUUUAUCACUUUAGCAAACCAGCGUCUUGUGGUUAUUCACAAUAGGAGUGAUAUCAUUGCGCAUUUUCAGUGGAAAGUCUUUGCAACCCAAGAAGAGGAGGAGCAGAAGAAACACAGCCUCUGCCACACGCUGCAGGCUGAGGAGGAGGGUGUGCUCGAUCAGCUGCUGCUGGAGUGCCCGAUGAACCCUGCCCUUCGUGAGCAUCUCUCCAUUGUCACGCGGACCUUUCAGAAUCGCCUGGCAAUGGUGCGUGAGGACUCCAUGCUCUUCAGCAACAACAUCUUCACCAUUGAGCCUCUGGAGGGAGAUGUGUGGCCCAAUUCCACCACUGAAAUUAGUGUGAUCUUCAGGCCACAAGAAGCUGGGGUUUAUCAACGAACAGUGUACUGUGACAUCUCAGGCCGAGAGACCAGACUCCCUCUGCGCAUCAAGGGAGAGGCCAUGGCCCCCAAACUGUCUUUCAACUUUGACCAGUUGGACGUUGGGAAAAUUUUUGUUGGAUCAGUCCACAGUUAUGAGGCCAUCCUGUCCAACCAGGGAGCCAUCGAUGCCCUCUUCGACCUGAUGUGGCCAUCCACGGCGCUGGGCUCCUGCUUUAACUUCCAGCCAAGCGAAGGGAUCGUGGAGCCGGGCAGCCACCAGGCCAUUCAGAUCACCUUCAGCUCCACCAUCCUGGGACAUUUCCUUGAAGAGUUCAAAUUCAGUGUGAAUGGCUCUCCUCAGCCUGUGACCUUAGUGAUCCGGGGCUGCGUCAUUGGACCAACAUUUCACUUCAACGUCCCAUCCCUCAGUUUUGGGGAUGUCUCCUUCGGUUUCCCUCGCACCCUGUCCUGCUGCCUCAGCAACACCUCUUUGGUGCCCAUGACAUUCAGCCUCCGUGUGCCAGGAGAUGGCACUGGAGAGCCAAGCGUCAGCAGUCAGAGUCAGGCCUCCGACAUCUCCAGGCCGUCGUGGAGAAAGGCCUCCUGUGGACAUGCGAGGCUGAGGGAGUUCACCAUCACUCCCAGCCAUGGAACCAUCCGCUCCCAAGGGCUCAUGGACAUUCAGGUGACUUUGUGUCCCAACACUGUGAAGACCUAUGAAACGGCACUGGUGGUGGACGUGAAGGGGAGUGGAGAAGAUGUCCUGGCGCUCCCAAUUGCGGCGAGAUGUGUGUGUCCUGCACUGCGUGUGGCGAACCCCGUCGUGAAUUUUGGACGAUGUUUCCUCAAGUUCCCGUACCAGCAGAUGGCAAGGCUUGUGAAUGACAGUGAUCUCCCCGGCUGCUACGGUGUUCUCCCCCAGGAACGCGGGAAGCUCCCUGCAGUGCUGCACUCCAGUCCUGCGCCUUGCGGCAUCAUAGAGCCCCGUUCCUCCAUUGAGAUACCCUUGACUCUAGAAGUCCAGGAGAGGGGCUCACAGGAGGCAGUGGCCUACAUCGCCGUGUUUGGGAAUCAAGACUCCCCGCUGAUGAUUCGGCUGGUGACCAUCGGUGAGGGCCCUGUGGUUUAUGUGUAUCCUGAUAAGCUCAAUUUUGGCUGCACUGAGGUUUUAAAGGAUUCCUCCAGGUUGCUCUACCUUUCCAAUCAGUCUGUGAUUCCCGCACCAUUUGACGCACAGAUGGCCCAUGCUCAGUCGCUGUGGAGGCUUGUGCCCAGCAAAGGCGUCGUCCCUCCCGAGGCAGAGAUAUCGCUCACGCUGAUAGCACACCUGGACGACACCGUGCUGUUCCAAGACGACGUCAUCCUGGAGAUAGAGAACAGCAAUUCCUACAUCAUCCCUGUCCAGGCCACAGGCACAGGCACCACCAUCGUCACAGACAAGCCCUUUGCUCCAGCCAUUGACCUGGGACCCCACUUCAGCUUGGACCCCUGCUGCUAUCGCUUCAGGAUCACCAACUGUGGGCGUCGUGCCCACCAGCUCUACUGGAUGACUGAAGGCUUCCCCGCCUUUCGCCCACGCAACGCCCUCCCCGCCACGGGCACCAGCAGGAAGAGGAAGGCAGAGACCCCAGUGCCCGUGUUCCAGCUUCAGCCGCUGAGGAUGGAGCUGACCCCCGGGAAGAGCAUGGACAUGUUCCUGGAAGGGUCCUCUGACAUCCCCAAGGUGGUAAAGGAGAGGCUGGUGUGCCAUGCCAUCAUAGGCAAGCAGUCCGGAAAGGAGUGCAUCAUGAAGGUGGACGUCACCUGUGAGUUCAUUGCACCUGUCCUGCAGAUCUCCUCCAGAAAGAUCACUUUCUGCGUGCAGAAGAAUCCCAGUGAUGUCUUAACUGCACAAUAUGAACCUCUGACUUUGAAGAACGUUUCCUCUUUGCCACUUAACAUCAUUCUCACUUUACAAGAACCCUUUGCUCUCUACAACAGGGAACAGUCCCCAGUGCCUAGAGAUACCCAACCCUUAACGAUGGACGUUGGAGAGAUACAUCAUCUCUACAUCCGGUUUGACCCCCUCUAUAGAGAUGACCUGUAUAGUCGAGUAGCAGAGGAAGUUCUGACAAUCCGUUACCUGGAGCAUCCCCAGGUGGACCACAUCCACCUCUGUGGGGAAGUGCAUUUCCCUAACCUCCACUUCCAGACGAUGGAUUUGAAUUUUGGCUGCAUCUUGAAUGAUACGGAAAUUGUGAAGGACAUCAGCAUGACCAACUGCAGCCCCCUUUUGGUCAAGUACCGCUGGUCCUUCCUGACAGAUGAUCACGAAUCCUUCAUCAGGGUCAGCCCAAGAGAAGCCAAACAUCCCACUGAACUGGACACCGCAAAAGAGCAGGAGCUGGUGCAGCCACCGCAAGCACCCACAGAUGGACGCAAAUAUUCUUCUGCACUGCCAGCUGGUGGUGAAGCCGAAGAGGAGCUUCCGAAGAUGACUCAGGCGGUGACCAAGGAAGUGCUGUGGGGUGUCGAACCAGAGGAGCACCAGCUCAGAGGCGUAGAGGAAGUGUUCGACAUCAUGCCGCUGUAUGGGGCACUGCAGCCCAGUGAGACCCAGCCGGUGUCCUUUACCUUCUAUGGCCACGCGGACAUGGUUGCCCGCGUGAAGGCGCUCUGCGAAGUGGAAGGUGGGCCCACCUAUGGAAUCUUGCUGAGCGGUGAGGCCUCGCUUGUGAGUUACGCGUUCAACAAGACGGAGAUUGACUAUGGACUCCAGCCUUUUGAUCAGAUCUGCAUGGCUGAGAUCACACUGAGGAACACGGGAAAAGUCAGAUUUGAGUACUCUGUUCUCAACAGCGUCCUGCUUGCGGCCGAGAACCCUCCACCUGGCGUGCCACUGACUCGGCCUGCUGCUAGUCAUAUUGAAUCAGGGAAGGAGCAGGUGCUGAAGGUCUAUUACUUGCCUGGCAUACCUGAGGUCUUCCAAAGAACCUUCCAGAUCCAGGUGGCCCACCUGGAACCAGACAGCAUCACUCUGAAAGGAGAGGGAAUCUUCCCCAGAAUCUGCCUGGAUCUACCUAGAAACUUGAAAGGAAAUGAGAGGUACAGCACCCUCCUCAGAGAGGUAAAGGAGCGCAUGGAACAGGAAUCCCAGAAAGAUUCCACCAGUAACUCCGAGGCGGUGGCCACUGAACCAUUCGUGGAUGAAUCUGUCACUGCAUUCGACACCCAGCUGCUGAUGGAACUGGAGAGGCUGCUUGUUCAGGAGCACGCCCUGGAGCAACAGAAGCUGCUUGGCUUUGAGUCAACAGAGGACUCUGGGGCCAGUCAGCGAGCUCUCCGGAAGCUGGUCAAAGCACAGCUACCUGAAUACAUACUGGACUUUGGCUACAUCAUCCUGGGUACCAUACGGACCCAUGUCAUCAAAGUCACCAACACCAGCCCGUUCCCAGUAUCCUUCCACGCAGACAAACGACCCCUGUGGGACACAGGUUUCAACACUGAGCUGGAUCGGGUGAAGAACCUGCCCUUCUGCCAGACGCAGACCUUUGAAGUGUGGUUCGAUCCCCAGAGUGCCAACCAGCCCCUUGGAGAGGUGGACGUGCUGCUGCCCAUCAAGGUCGUGGCUGGGCCCACAUUCCACAUCUCUCUCCGCGCCACUGUUAUCAUGCCCUCCCUCUGCAUCUCCAACAACGACUUGGAAUUCUCGGCCGUGCAGUGCGGGCAGUGCCAGGUGCAGACUGUGCAACUCCACAACCAGCUGCAGGUCUCGUGCGAGUGGAUGGCGACCAGCAACGAGCAAAUGGAAAAGGUGGACAAGCGCAUGCCAGCUGCUUUGCGUCGGAAGAUGCACCACGAACUGAAGAGCAAGCCCCACGUGUUUGAGAUGAUCCCCCCGUAUGGGAUUCUGGCACCCGGAGAGCGACUCAACGUGCAGGUCAAGUUUGCGCCAAGAGAAGAGAAAUUCUACCGCAACUACCUGAUUUUGAGCAUUUCCCAGAGCACUCAGCAACUGCUGCUGAACGUUUCUGGACAAGGCCUGGAGCCGCGCCUGGAAUUCAGUCCCGCCAUUCUGGAGCUUGGACCCCUCCUGCCUUACGCCAUCGGGGAUGAGGCUGAGGUGGUGGUGAAAAACCCCUGCUGCUUCCCCAUUGAGUUCUACUCCUUGGAGUUUGACCAGCAGUAUCUACUGGAAGAGCGGAUCCUGCGCAUGCUGAAGGGGUACGACAGCCAUAACAUCCUGCUGCUGCCUCCUCGUGUGCCCGGGGAGAAGCUUCCCCCUGAAGUGCUGGAAUAUUAUGAGGAGCAGAAGAAGAGCCAAGGCGAUCAGGAGACCCUGAAUCAGGAGACUGAAGAGGAGGAAACCAUGCAUGUUUCUGAGCCUGGAAUAAAGCCUCAUCUCUCCAGCACUGUGCAAACUACAUCGACCACCGUCUCCAUUCUUCCUUCUCUUUCCCUUCAUGACGAUAACCGAGGUUCCAGGGUGGAAUCCAAAUUUGAGGAGGAAGAAGAAGAGGAAGAGGAGGGAACUGACAAAGGGCAGCCACAGACCGGAAGUCAGCAGAGCCUCACCAAGCAUCAGGAGGCUGUGGGAGAGCUUGACAACAACCCCGUUUCAAAAGCCAUCGCUCGUCACCUUGGCAUCGAUAUCUCUCCAGAAGGACGGGCUGCCAGGAACCGCAGAGGCAUCGCUGUCAUAAUCCACGGGGCUCCCCUUACAGGGAAGACGAGCGCGGCCGUGGCCUUGGCCAAGCACUACAGCGCAGCCUGCUUGUCCAUCGAUCUGGUGGUGCUGGAGGCCAUCUCUGACGGGAGCAGCUCAGCUGGCCUGCGUGCACGGGAGCUGUGCAUCCGAGCAGCAAUAGAGCAGGCACAGCGGGAGACUGAGGAAGGAGGAGCCGAGGGGCAGCCGGCUCUCGCUCUGGGCGCCAGGCUGAGCGCAGAGGCCUUGGGCAAGCAUGCCUCGGACGGCAGCCAGCAGAGCUCGGAGUCCAAGACGGGGCCGCUUUCUGCCGUCUCCAGAGGCUACAGGGGAAGCUCCGUGACCGCAAAGGGCAAGUCCGAAGGCCAUGCGUCGCAGAAGCAGCAGCUGCACCAGCAGCCCGACCCCGCUGGGUCCCAGGUUCCGUCCAGCCCCAUUCCCAGCGCGCCAAUCCAGCGGCGCCUCAGCCUCAGUGCCAGUGUGGCCGGAGAUUAUGGCCUGAUGAGCUGCGUGCUUCCAGAAGAGCUCUUGGUGGAGAUCCUUUCCGACCGGAUGCAGCUGAGUGACUGCUAUCGCGGCAUGGUGUUUGAUGGGCUGGAGACCCUGUUCGCUCGCAGCCCUGUGUCGGCUCUUCUCUGCCUCCUCAAAGCUAUCAAUAACAGGCGCUACAUCUAUUUUGUGAACCUGUGCCAGGAUUUUAUUGCUAUGAAAGCCAGAGAGAAAAGCAAGCAAGUGCAGGAAGAACGGGAAAAGCAAGAAACUAUUGCAAGAGAGAAGGCUCGUCUGCAGGAGGUGGAUGAAGAGGCCUAUGAUGCCCUCACCGAAGAACAGAAAAUCCAGUUUGAUAGCGAACUGUUGCAGGCACUACGUGAACGAAAAAAGAGGGAGCUGGAAAAACUUGCUCGGGAGCUGGAGGAGAAGAAGCACCAGCAGGAGCUGGAGCGCCUGCGGGAGGAGGAGGAGAUGAAGAAGAAGAGCAAGCGGUACAGGAGGGAGGCCGGAAAGGAGAAGGAGGAUCCUGUGGGGAAGAAGGGCCAGCCAGCAGGGAAGCAAGUAAGGCCCAAGGGCAGCCGCUCCCGGGGCAAUCCCCCCAUAUCAGCUUUCAGGUCUGAUGGGAGGCUGAAUGAAGGGAUAGAGCGGAAACCGUCUGCAAAGGAGCGUCCAGAUGUGGGUGUCAACGACAAGGACGAGAAGAAGAAAAGGUACAGAAUGGUCCUGCCAAACGAACAGGGGGCGGCCCUGCCUCCACCCCAGGAAGAGGAGGAGGUCGACAAGGAAGUGCUGAGCGAGAACGAGAAGGCCUUGGCACAGCGGUUCAAGCUCUACGAGGCAACCCAGAAGGACAUAGUGCAGCUGCUCAUGUUCUGGGACAGAGUUCAGUUGGCCCAGCUGCAGCCGCCGGGCUCCGAGGAGAAGCCGGAGGAGGUGGAGGAUCAGCGCCAGGCCCCAUCGGGCCGGAAGGGCCGGAAGGACCGGGAGCGGGAACGCCAGGAGAGGCUGGAGAAGGAGCGCGCGGAGAAGGAGCGUGCGGAGAAGGAGCGAGUAGAGAGGGAGCGUCUGGAGAGGCUCAAGGCCCUGGAGGACAGCCGAGCCACAGGCCAGGAGGGCGAAGGGGGCGAAGGAGGAGAGAAGGAUGUGGGGGUCCCAUACCUCGAGAUCCAGGUACUCAGCUCGGAGGAUUCUAGUGGCAAGAGGAUCCUGGAGAGCGGCAAGCUGCCCGAUGUCAUGCAGAUCUUGAAUGGGCUGGGCCUGGGUCCUUCGGGGCCCCCCAUCCCUCCCACGGCCUUCUUCUCCGUGAUCCCGUACCCAGAGAAGCGGUCAGCGCCAGUCCCUGGGGAGGCUCUCAAGCACUUCACCUUCCUUGCUCCUGAGGAGCUGAAUCUGGAUGAUGAGAAGAAGGAUGCCGAUGCCGGUGCAGAGAUGGGGGCGAGUCCCCCUGUGGCAAAGGUAGAGGAACAGACCACCCCGACUCGAGGCAAGCUCAGGAAGGAAAAGUCGGAGCUAAUCCGUGACGCUCUGAGGGAGAAGAAAGCCACAGCCCGUGGCAGGAAGGGCCCUCACCCUAGCCCAGGCACAAUGACAGCCCUGUCGGAGCUAGAUCAGGGGGGGCUGACAGGGGAACCAUCCAGUGAGAAGCUUCUCAGGCUGAGCUGCUUCCGUUGGAUUGUUCCUGCAAACGGAGAGGUUUCAAUGCGCCUCCAUUUCUCCUCCACCAGAACCGGGCUGUUCGACCAGGUCCUCAACUUUGAGAUCAUGGGGACCCGGAGACAAUAUCAGGUGUACUGCAGGGGUACCUGCACGUACCCAACCAUCUGCCAGGACCCCAUGAUUGUAUUUCCCCACCGUAAGAAGAGCAUCAAACCUGACGAGAUCAUCUUCAAGAAGUACAUCAUGAGUUUGGGCUUGUUCCACUUUGGGCCCCUGCUGUGCGGGAAGUCAAGGGAGAAGUACAAGGCUGCACGGUACCCCAAUCACUUUGAGAAGAUUACCAUCUUCAACACGUCCCCUCUGGAGGCGGAAGUGCAUUUCUUCUUCAAGCAUGACUCCAAAGCAGUCACAUACCUCUUGGACCCUCCCAGCCUCACGCUGAAGCCCAGCGAACGGCAGGUGUUGACUGUCUGGGCCUAUCCGACAGCCAGUGGGAUAUUUGAGGACAGCAUCGUCUGCUGCAUCAAAGAGAACCCGGAGCCCGUCGUCUUCCGGAUCUGCUGCCAAGGUGUUCGCCCGGAGCUGGACCUGGACCGCCGUCAGCUGCAUUUUGAAAAGCUGCUGUUGCACAGAAAGGAAACCAAGUCGCUCUACCUAAAGAACUUCACCCCACUGCCUGUGGCAUGGCGGGUCAGCGGUCUGGAGAACCUCGGCGAUGACUUCUCCGUCUCCGAGGACAUGGGCCUCAUCGAGCCCUUCUCUGAGUACUGCCUGCUGGUGCACUUCAAGGCCACCAAGGCCCUCAACAUCAAGAAGGCCAUCCGCUUGGAGGUUUCAGAUGCAGAAAACAUCCUGGGGAUUGUCCAGAUUGAAACCAUACAAAUCAUUGCUGAGGCCUACGACGUUGCCCUGGACAUCAGUUUCCCCAGAGGUACGAAUGGCACCCUGGAGUUUGGAACUGUGAAAGUCAUGGACGAAGCGAAGCAGUCACUCUCCAUGAAGAACAAGGGCAAGUACGAGAUUGCUUACAGCUUGGUCGUGGAAUCCACAGACCACAUGAUGCCCAGCCUGAGCACGCUGUUCUCCAUCCAUCCUCAAAAAGGAAAUUUGGGUGCCAGCGACCGCCCUACGCCAGUCCAGAUCAUCUUCCGCUCAAAGAGGGAAGUGAAGGUGGAUGACAAGCCCAUUCUGCACUGCCAUGUGAUUGAGCCCAGCGUCUGCGAAGGAGGGGAGAUCAUCGCCACCAUCCCGAUUCGCGUCUCCGUGCAGGCCAUGUUUGCCAAGUACAGCAUCACCCCCCCGUCGCUCAUCAACUUUGGGCCUUUGGUGAUAGGCUCACGCAAGACCAACAGUUUCACCAUCGAGAACAAAGGCGCCCUUGAUUUUAAGUUUGGCCUCUGCAAGGUGGUCCGAGAUGUGCCGAUCCCGCUGCGGAGAGGGAACUCUCACGUCAAAAGCUCCCGUUCUCGCGAGGCCGACCUCAGCCGGCCGAACGCCCUGCUGACGGUGGGCAGGCAGAGCAAGCGAGCCGAUUCCCUGCAGAAGGAUACGAGCCUCAUGGCUCAGGCUCGUUUCUCCCUGGGCAUGUUCACCGUGUCUCCCGGAUUUGGAACGGUGGCUCCAGGAGGCCAUCAGGUCAUCACUGUGGACUGCUUGGCCGAUCCGGCUGGGAAGUGUGAGGAGUACAUGAUUAUUGAGAUCACUGACAGGGACCCAGAAGACAACCCUGGCGGCAUUCCAUAUGCGCUGGUGGCGGAAGCGUGCAUUCCAGGCUUCGUGACGGACCACCUGGGGACCAUCUUUGAGGAGCACCGCAUCUGCAACAGCAGCAGCCUCGGUCAGGUGCUGAAGGCCGCCGGGUGCGAGGGCGUGUUUGUGGCGGACGAGAACAAGUUCCUCUUUAACGAUGUCCUCGUUGGGCACCAGACCACCGCCCGUUUCAAGAUCUUCAACACCGGCCGGAUCCCCUGCGACGUCGUCUUUACCGUAAAGCCAGUCUCUGCCAAGGCCACCGUUCGAGUCAGCGACAUCUUUGAGGUCCACCCUGUGCGGAUGUGCAUCACCAGCCGCUCACACGCCUUUGCAACACUGACCUUUUCGCCGCAGAGCAUGCAAAACUACCAGUGCGUUUUUGAGGCCUCUGUUGAUGCGAUGCCCAGUGUGGCUGCCAAAACCAGAAGUCUGUCCUUUGAGGUCACAGGGGAUGGCAACCUUCCUCGGAUCACCGUUGUGCGCCCUGUGCUCCGCAACAAGAAAGGGAGCCCGCUUCUGCUCUUCAGGAGACUCCUCGUGGGGCACACGGAAACUCUCCCCUUGGUCCUGAAGAACAGUGGCAGCGUGCUGGCCCAGCUGUACCUCGAUGUGUCUGAUGAAAAUGGUGCCUUCACGCUGAAGCCCAGGCCCUCCACCCAGUGCAUUUACGUGUCUGCUCAGAAUGAGGACAGUGAAUCCAGUGAGGGAGUCAGGAAGCCUCACACGGUCUCCCUGGCCCUGCACAACGGAGAAUCAGCAGAGUUUGAUGUGAUUUUCCAACCCAGCCUGACACAGCACAUGGAAGGGCUGAUCCACCUCUCUAUUACGGACAACCAGUACGAGGAGACCAGCAUCCAGAUGGUGGGCGAAGGCUACCAAACAGACGUCACCCUGGACAAUAUCCACAGCCUGCUGACCCAGAGUGACCUGGAGAGUGCUGAGGGAUGCCUGGAGGACAGUGCAGGCGAGGCUGCCCGAAUGGAUUGCGUCCAGUUCAGGGACUGCCACAUUGGGACGCCCUAUCAGGCCACGUUCACCAUAACCAACCACAGCAAGUCAGGCGUGAUGCGGUUCGAAUGGCCGGCUCUGGGUCCGUGCCACUUCUCCCCACAGGUUGGCCAUCUGCACGCUGGGUGCACCAAGAACAUCAUGCUUACCCUAAAGUCCAGUGUCCCUGUCACACUGAACGAGCAGCUGGUGAAGUGCAAGGUGACCCGGAUCGCCUUCCCGUUGCCUGUCGACCAGGUCCCUGACUGGGACGACCGCCUGCACACAGUCAAGUGGGUGGAUGCCCCGAAGAGCAGCACGGCCACGCGCCCAACCAAGAGGAAGGUGAUUGAGAUAGACCCGGAGCCGGCCCACGUGACUCUGGAGGAAGGUGGCCGAGAGCUGGAGCUUCGGGUGAGCGCCACCGUGGACUACGCCCAGUACAAGAUGGAGGUGGACACGGUGCACUUUAAGGACACGCUGCUCUUCCAGGCGAGAGUGUUCAGAGUGGAGCUGUCCAACACGGGAAACGUCCGGCUGGAAUACGCUUGGAGAGCGGUCAUGGAGGAGAGCGGGAGGGCCGUCAACUUUGCUGCAGAUCCCUUGCCAAGCAACCCAGAAGGAGAACAUCCGUCCGCUACAUCGGCUGCCUCGGUCAAGGCACAAUCCAGCCGUCCUCUCAGCCAGCUGGAGAGUGGCAUAGAGAGUUUUCAUUCCUACGUGACCUCACCACCCUGGCCCCCAUUCUCCGUGGAGCCCCGCAGCGGUGUCAUCCCUCCUGGGGAAUCCCAGUCCCUCGAAGUGAAAUUCUGUCCCCAGGAGCUGGGGGAGUUUGAGGGCCGGCUGCUUGGCAGCAUCUCUAACCUGCAGCCGGAGGCGGGGGGGCCCGUGGUGGCCGUGAAGGGGAAGAGCCUCCUGCCCUACUGCCACUUCGAUCUGGAGGACUCGGACUACAUUACGGCAAAAAGGCGCGACCCAGACUGGCGAGGCCCCAGCGGGAUGAGCCUGGACCCCAACACAAAAGUCAUCGAAUUUUCCUCCGUGGGAGUGCGCAUCAGAAACACCCGGAGCUUUGCCAUCUUGAACCCCACCAACACCCCAUACACUUUCCAGUGGAGCUGUGACCAGCAGGAGGAGGGGCAAGAGCAGCCAGCCUUCAUCUGCUUCACGGAGCGGGGACAGCUCCGUCCAGAGAAAUCUGUGGAGGUCAUAUUUGAAUUCAUCCCCCGGCACCUGGGCAUCACAGAAUCCUUCUGGAGCUUCACAAUCCCUGAGCACAACAUCUGUGUUCCCUUCCUCUUGGUGGGACACACCACUGACCCGGCCGUGUCGCUGGACAGGCCCCACCUGAACUUCCGCUCCCUCUUGGUCGGGCAUGAAGUCAGCGACAGUAUUGACAUUAUCAAUGAUGAGAAAGAGGCCUACAGUUUUGCUUUCCGAGAGAGCUCCCGUUUUUCAGAGGGGCGAAUCAACUGUCUGAAACUGCAGCCCAUGGAAGGCUCUAUCCCAGCCCAUUCCAGGCUGCCUAUUAGCAUUUCCUUCAUGCCAACCUUGGAAGGGGAAGUCAACUUUAAUUUGAUCUGCGACGUCAAGAAGAAAAGCCAGCCGCUCUGCCUGAACGUCAAGGCGACAGGCCACGCCAUGAACGUCUCUGUCAAGUGCAAGCAAAGGAACGGCACACUUGUCGAGCUGGACCCCGACCAAGCCAACCAGCUGCCUUUCCAUGAGAUGCAAGUCAACGAUCAUGCACAAUGUCAUUUUUACAUCCUGAACUCGGGCAAGUUCAACUUCACCUUCUCGUGGGAGUUUCACAAUGCCAAAAGACUGCAGAGCUACUUUUCACUCUCCCCAAAUACUGGCACUGUGGAACCAGGAGAGCGGGCAGAGGUCGUGCUGUCUUUUCAUCCCUUGAAGGCGUGCACCUUAAAGGGUGACCUCAAACUACAGAUCAGCCAUGGCCCGGUGUUCACCUGUGAGCUGCAGGGCUCUGUGGUCACUCCCAGCAUCCAUUUCUCCUUCACCAAAGUCGACUUCGGCAACUGCUUCAUCUACCAGGUCGGGAUGCCCAUCUCCAGGCGAAUCCUUACGAUCACAAACAAGGAUGAAAAGCAGAUCAGCCUGGAGUGCUUGUUCACCAGCACGACUCACCUCGAGACUGGUUUCCACGCUAAAGUGCUAAGUCCUGGAGGAAAGGCUGAUAUUCCUAUCAGCUUCUACCCCCGAGAGACCAUCCUCUACCACGACAUCAUCACCUUUGAAAUCAACGGGCUCUUGCAGCGGAACGUUGAGGUCUUUGGGAAGGGCAUUGAGUUGAAGAUUGAUGUGGUAGAGCCUCGCAACCGAGUACUGAAAUUUGGAGCGGUCCCUUCAGGACAUGUGGUGAAGAAGACUGCCACGAUUGUCAACAACAGCGUUGCUUCUGUUACCUUCAGCCUCAGUUUUGUGUCCUCCAUGCCAGAACUGCAGGAAACAAAGGUCCUCACGCUGUCUCCAUCCAGCGAGGUGACCCUGAGCGCCAAGGGAGGCACCUGCCAUGUGGAGGUGGCGUUCGGCCCUAGGAGCCGCCUCCUGCCGUUCACGGAGGAAGUCCUGCUCAGCUGCCAGGGGACCCUGCGCACCCUCCUCGCCGUGCAGGGCUCCUGCCAGGGCAUCGAGGUCAGCCUGGACCAGGACCACGUCCCCUUCGGCGCAGUGGUGCUGCGCAGCCAGGCCUCCCGGCGCAUCACCCUGCAGAACACGGGGGACGUCGGCGUGGGGUUUAAAUGGGAUGCCAAGAGCUUCCAGCCGGACUUCUCUAUCAAGCCUGUGGAGGGCUACGUCUCCCCAGGGAUGGACGUCUCCUUCGAAGUGACAUUCCAUCCCUGCGAGCAGAGUCAGGACAUCUGCUACGAGAACCUGCAGUGCCAGAUCCAAGGCAGGGAGCCGCUCAAGCUCACCCUGAGCGGGUGCUGCGUGGGAGUCCCCCCGGUCAAAGAGGUGGUGAGUUUCACAUGCCAGGUGCGCACAAAGCAAACGCAGACCAUCAUGCUCUCCAACCGGACCAACCAGCCCUGGACCCUGCGGCCCGUCAUCGAGGGGGAGCAGUGGAAGGGGCCCGAGUUCCUGCGGGUGGAAUCCCACCAGCAGAACAAGCCCUACGAGAUCACCUACCAGCCGCUGGCCAUGAACGCAGAGAGCAAGAAGGACCAGGGCUCCAUCUUCUUCCCACUCCCCGAUGGGACGGGGCUGCUGUACCUCCUGCAAGGCACUGCCGAGCCUCCCAAGUCUUCUGGGAACAUCAUGAGGGAGGUUCCUUGCAAAACAGCCUACACCGAACUGUUUCCCAUCUCCAACUGGCUGAACAAGCCCCAAAGGUUCCGCGUGACUGUCGACAUGCUGAAACCAGAAAGGCUGGAAGCUACGACGACCCUGAAAACCCUGGACUAUGUGGAGGUGCCUGCCUCCGCCAAGAAGGACCACAAGCUCAGCUUCUUCUCGUACAAGGAAGGCAUGUACAGCGCCAAGGUGACCUUCCGUAACGAAGCGACCCAAGAGUUCCUGUUCUACUUGAUCACCUUUAAGGUCGUCCCGUGCGGCCCGCUCGGCACAAUUGAGCUGGUGACUGCUGUCCGGCAGAGUACCUCCUCCUCAGUGAAAGUGGAGAACCCCCUGCACUACCCAGUGACCUUUAGCACUGACUGCAAAGUCCCCGACAUCAACCUGCCCCCCCAGUUCAUCGUUCCUGCUCAGUCUGAGGGAACGAUUGUGUUUGAGUUCCAGCCGAUGCGGCCAGGAGAGACAGGUGGGCGUCUGGCCCUGAACAGCAGUGAGCUGGGCUCCUUCCAGUACGACCUGGCCCUGAAGGCCACUCCUGCCCGGGCAGAGAAAGCGCUCUGCUUCUGCACCAUGCUGGGCAGCAGCCAGACCAUGGUCACCAAGUUUGUCAACUAUACGCGGCAGAAAACCGAGUACGUGACGAAGAUCGACUGUCCUGACUUCCAUGUGGACAAAGUCAUCAACGCCCCUGCAGGGUCUCAGGCAGGCACUGAAGUCGCUGUGGAGGUGACCUUCGAGCCCUGCCAGCUGGGAGAAGCCAAGGGAGUCCUCCUCCUUUCCUCAACUAUCGGUGGCGACUACACAAUCCCUCUUUUUGGCACCUGUGUACCCCCCAAGCCGCAGGGGCCGAUCCAAAUCAGAGCCGGAAGCAGCACCAUCAUCCCUUUCAAGAACGUCUUCAUGCAGCCCAUGGCCUUCACAUACCUCGUGGAGAAUCCGGCCUUCACCAUCAGGGCCACGGAGACCAUUCGCCCCAAGAAAUCUGCCACCAUCACAGUCUCCUUCGAAGGGAACCCCAGUGGCAGCAAAGCCCCUGUCACCAGCAAGCUGGUGGUCUCCUGCCCUCGGGCAGCUGGGCUGGGCUCGGCGGUCUCCUGGGUUUUUUACCUGAAGGGUGUCAUGCCAGAGAAAUGACCACAUCGGGACACGUCUUGCUCAGGCAUGGCCACCAAGGGUGGAUCCCUUGUUCCUCGGCAUCUGAGCCUUCUUGUGAUACACACCUUUCUCAGUGCAGCAGAUCCUCUGUGCCUUUGAGGGGAGAUGGAAAAACCUCUGUCAGCCUCCCUGGGACAAGGAGGGAGGAGUACAGGUGUGUUCUGCCCUGCCUGCCCAACAAAGGCGGCAUACACCAAACCGGGAACUCCCUCCCCGUCUACAGAUUGUUUCAGAGAAAAGUCACUCCACUGAGGGAGUGAAUCGAGGCAGCAGCCAGAGAUGCAGGAUGACUGCAAGCCUUAAACCCCAAUCAGAAAGUCUCACUGUGUAUGCCUUUAUUUU